GCGUCCGCCCGUAAGGGGGCGGGCCAGGGCAAGGAGGAACCGUCCAAUUGGCACGCUCUGCGCUCCCUGCGCUCUUCUGAUAGGCUUCGGCGCCCGUCCGUCGGGCGGGCUCGGGGCGGGUGGAGGCGGCGGGGGCGGCGGCCGGACGGGCGCCGAGUUCCGGGCGCGCGGAGGCCGUUGGGGCUCUGUGGUGCCGUGGGGGCCACAGCUCUCAUGGCUGCAGCCAGCGUGACCCCCCCUGGCUCCCUCGACCUGCUGCAGCCGGGCUUCUCCAAGACUCUCCUCGGGACCAAGCUGGAGGCCAAGUACCUGUGCUCCGCCUGCGGGAACGUGCUGCGGAGGCCCUUCCAGGCCCAGUGUGGCCACCGCUACUGCUCCUUCUGCCUGACCAGCAUCCUCAGCUCCGGACCACAGAAUUGUGCUGCCUGUGUCCACGAGGGCAUCUAUGAAGAAGGCGUCUCUAUUUUAGAAAGCAGUUCGGCCUUUCCAGACAACGCUGCGCGUAGGGAGGUGGAAAGCCUGCCCGCCGUCUGCCCCAACGCCGGGUGCACCUGGAAGGGGACCCUGAAGGAGUAUGAGAGCUGCCACGAAGGGCUCUGCCCGUUCCUGCUGACGGAGUGCCCCGCGUGCAGAGGCCUGGUGCGUCUCGGCGAGAGGGAGCGUCACGCCGAGAGCGCGUGCCCGGAGCGGCGCCUGAGCUGCCCACACUGCCGGGCCUCCUGCAGCCCCGCCGACAUGGAGGCACACCGGGAGGCCUGCCCUCAGUUCCCACUGACCUGUGGUGGCUGCAGCAAGAGGAUCUCUCGGGACGAGCUCCAGGACCACCUGAGGGCGUGUGGCAAGUGCCUGGUCCCCUGCAGGUUCCACCCCGUCGGCUGCUCCACGAUGGCCGAGGCGGAGGAUCUGCAGGAGCACGAGGCCCAGCAGCUGCGGGAGCACUUGGCGCUGCUGCUCAGCUCGCUCCUGGAGGCCCAGACGCUCCUGGAGGCCCCCGGCCAGGUCGGGCCGGAGCUGCUGCCCCGGUGCCAGGCCCUGGAGCGGAAGACAGCCACCUUCGAGAACAUCGUCUGUGUCUUGAACCGAGAGGUGGAGAGGGUGGCCAUGACCGCGGAGGCCUGCAGCCGGCAGCACCAGCUGGACCAGGACAGGAUCGAAGCCCUGACCAACAAGGUGCAGCAGCUGGAGCGGAGCAUCGGCCUCAAGGACUUGGCCAUGGCGGACCUGGAGCAGAAGGUCCUGGAGCUGGAGGCAUCCACCUAUGACGGGGUCUUCAUCUGGAAGAUCUCAGACUUUGCCAGGAAGCGCCAAGAAGCUGUGGCUGGCCGCACGCCUGCCAUCUUCUCCCCAGCCUUCUACACCGGCAAGUACGGCUACAAGAUGUGCCUGCGCGUGUACCUGAACGGGGACGGCACGGGGCGGGGCACGCACCUCUCGCUCUUCUUCGUGGUGAUGCGAGGCCCCCACGAUGCCCUCCUUCGCUGGCCCUUCAACCAGAAGGUGACGCUGAUGCUGCUCGAUCAGAACAACCGGGAGCACGUGAUCGACGCCUUCAGGCCGGAUGUGACCUCGUCCUCCUUCCAGAGGCCGGUCGGCGACAUGAACAUUGCCAGCGGCUGCCCCCUCUUCUGCCCCGUGUCCAAGAUGGAGGCCAAGAACUCCUAUGUGCGGGAUGACGCCAUCUUUAUCAAAGCCAUUGUGGACUUGACGGGGCUCUGACCACCCCGGCCGCACACGGUGGCUCGCUUAGAGCCCUCACUGGGCGGGACCCUGCUCCACGGGGUGGGCGGCGGGGCGGGCGCCCGGGGAGCCUCCGCCCGCGGCCAGGC